AUGACGCGCUCUGCCGCCUACCUUUUUACCUCCUCAUCGUUCGUUCCCCUUCACAGCCUCUCGAAACGCUACAGAGACCCUCACGCCUCAACGCUCGUCUGGAUGCCAUGUCAGACACACACAAACGCAGCUCUCGGCCUCGCCACUGCAUCUGCCCAAUCAGACGAGGCCCCCGACUCCACUACGGCUCCGAUGAUGGGAUCGACGCCGCGCUCGGCCGCUGAGACAUGCGCUUGCCGUACCUGUCUCUCUCUGCUCGACGCCUUGCAGUGCCAGUCCUCACGCCCUGAUUCCGUGCUGCGAGUCUUGGUGUUGAUCGAGAUGCUUCUGGACACACUGUGGCUGAUCCUGAACAUCUCGCUCUCCGCUCAACUGGCCGAGGCCCUCAAAUCGACGCUCUUCAACUUCACACAACCAUCAGCCUCACCACUCCCAAGCAUUGGCGUUUCGACGCCUUGUUCUCCAUCUCCCUUCGCUCUUCGCUCUUCACGCCAGCUUAGCGCCAGCCUGCCGCUGGGAGGUGCAGCCAUGUCUGGUCUCGGCAUCGACUUUGGCCAUGAGUCCGAGGCCUACUCCACCGACACCGGCUCGCGUACUUCGGCAGCAACCACUUCAACUUCAGGCUUCCACAGCCGUACACGAGCACACAUGAUCCCUAAAAAGUCCUCGAUGAACAAGAUGCGGGGUGCAAGGCCAAAGACUGCAGAGGAAGAUGCACGCCGCGUCCGCAUCGUCUCUGGCGAGCCCGACAUCCUUGGCCACGGCGCCUACACCGACGAGGACUUCAUGUCGCCACCCACCCACCACGACGUCGUGGUGCAACCUCACAGCCUUCACAGCCUCAGCGCAGCGGUCGCUGCCAUGGGCGGAUACACGACCGAUACAGCCACCAGCAGCACAGAGACCGACAGCGACACCAGCCCCACCCUCACCGAAUCCUCUGUCACCAGCACCUCCUCGGGUGCAAGCAGCGCCAACCAGCUCAACAUCCGCAAGAAGCAUCACAGCCAGCCACCCCUGGGUGUCCACAGACAAGACGAUGAACGCGGCAUCAGGAUCAUGGGCGCAGCACAAGGCGCUAGCACAGCACCGCAGCAGCUUAUGCCGGUGGUGCAGCGACCGGUACGAGAGAGCAAGAGCAACACCAGCCUCGCAUCCGGAUACCGCUCCGAUGGCGGCUCGAGCCUCGGCAGGUCCGCCGAAAUCCCACGAGGUGUGGGCCGCAACGGUGGCAGAGGUGGACACAGGGCCAGCAUCAGGAGCGCUGCUAGUCGCCAGGUCACUCUUCAGAACCGCCUUGGCCCCAAAGUCGGCACCAACACCGCCAACGAAGAUGCCGAUGAGACCAUCCGCGCAGAUGUACCCUCGGACGACGAGACCGAAGUCAUGGUGCCCGAUGGCUUUGGUGGCCACACACGCACCAAGCAGCCCAGGAACCCACGCCCUCAAACUGCAAAUGCCGCCGUGCCCUCCCUCCUGCAAAGAAUCGAUAUGUCCUCGGACCAUGCUCCCUCGCAGUCCGACCAGAGUCUCGCAGAGCAGCACGAGGCCGAGUCGUCCAGAAGGUGGAAGGUGGGCAGCUUCUACGCCCCAGACGGCUCCGAGACAGCACGCAUCGAUCACGAAACUGGGACCAUUAGCGAGAGGGGAACGCACCUCGAGCCCUCCGAGGUGGCUCUCUCUCGGGCACAGUCGCGCGGUGGUUCCGAAUCUUCCGCCACCUCCCUUACACGCUCGCACACCUCCAGUUUCGGGCCCAAGGCAUCGCUCAUGCAAAGUCCCAGCGCCCAGAAUGCAGCUCGAAGCCAGGCCGACGCGACCGAGCCCAGCACAGAUGAUGGCCCCGUCGAGGGCUCCACCAAGGCAGCUGCCAUGCUGCAGAAUAAGCAGUCGAGGACCUCUCUCGCCAGCGUCGCCAUGAGGAGCAAGCGAGGCCUUCAGGGGCUCGAGGAGGCUGAGCGAGGUGGUGCUCUGGUGAGCCUCGACAACUAUCGCAUGACCUACGACACUGGGCUCCCCAUCCUGCCCCACGAGAUCCGCGCUCUGGACCAGGACAGCAUCAUGGGCUCCGUCCGUCUCGGCCAGGCUCCGCCCAUGAAGACGUCUCUCAGCCACAGCGGUGCCCCGCUCACAGCCACUCCUUCUGCCGCAAGUAACACGAGCGAGUCCGGCCAUGUAGCUUCUAGCGCAUCGAGCAAGCCUCGCAAUCGACCUCGUAGGAGCCUGUCCGAGACCAACGUCAACGCAGCGCUGCUCGAAAGACACGGAACACUGCUCAGCAACACGGCCAACCCCAUGCGCCGGAGCAAAGAGCUCAACCGGCUGCUGGGAAACUCGGAUCGCAAACUGCCGUCGUCGGCGGCUCGACCCAUGCACCUCGAGUCUCCCACCAAGAGCGGCCUCAAGCGCAGCAAUGCCGUGCCCGCCACUGUCGUCCCGCCGCCGGCGGCGCUCGAGCAGGGCAAAGCGAACAAGGCGCGCGUCGAGGUCGACCUUGUCCUCGAGUCGGACCUCGUCGUCGAGGGCGGUACGCUGCAGGGUCGCAUGCAGAUCCGCGUGCGCAAGGGUUCCGACAAAGAAGGCGGUGUCUUGCUCGCCCAGCCCAAGAUCCGCGUCGUCGGUUUCGAGGAGCUGCUCAGCGACGACACCCGCUACAUCUUCUACCACCAUGCCUCCGUCAUCGAUGGUGAUCGCUCCAAUCACGGCCCGAGCGAGCCGUACUACCUGGACGGCUCGCCUACGCUCUCGUCGCCCGAGACCGCACCCUUCUCGGCGCUCUCGUGCUUCUCGGGAUCUCCAGACGCAGAGGGCUACGCCGAGGGAAAGGUCGGCUCGCACUCGAUCCCGUUCUCGCUCGAGCUGCCUGUGUCCAAGGGCGCCAAGGGAAGCUACAGGGGCAAGAACGCCGUUGUGCGAUACAUCGUGAUCGGCUCCGUCAAACUCAAGUCGGCUUCGGGUGCCAACCGCUCGAUCGCUCACUUCUACCGACACGUCGACCUUUUCCCCUACCUCAACCCUGCCGUGGUGCUGUCGAGCGCAAACAAGCCGAUCCAGGCGAGCAGCUCCAAGGGUCUCUUCCUCGGCGGGUCGGGCAAGGUGCACCUUAUGGCGAGCUUGCAUCGCAAUACGUGGGUUGCAGGUCAGCGCGUGUACAUCCACAUUGGCAUCCAGAACGACACGUCCAAGAAGAUCAACGGUAUGACGCUCGCGCUCAUCCGCACCGUCACGCUGUACAAGCCGCGUCCCGAGCUCGAUCUGGACGGACAGGCCGCCCGGCGCGAUCUGGAUCCCGAUGCGUGUCAGACGUCGACCACGCGCAAGAAGAUCGCCGAGGAAGAGCUCGAGAUGGGCCAAAAGGGCAGCAGAGGGGUCGUCACUGCGCGCGGGUGGUGGACGGGAGUAGAGCCGGGUCAGCGCGUCGAGUCGUCGCACUACAUGCACAUUCCUGCCGAUGCACUGUCCAUCUCGCGCGGCCGCCAUGUCGAGGUCGUCUACAGCAUCAAGGUCUCGAUUGGAAGCUCGCUCUCGGCCGACGUCUCCGUCGAGCUGCCCCUGCGCGUGAUCAACUUUGUCUCGCUCGACCCGCCGCCGAUCAAGAAGGCAGGGGCUGCCAAGUUCAGCGUCGAUUCGGCGCGAAGCUGGGUCUCGCCGGGUAGCAGUGCGGGCGAUGCGAGGUCUCCCGGAAGCUCGAGCGGACGGAGCACUCGCGAUGGUGCCGAGGAUAUGGUCGCCAGACUCAAGUCGGUCGACGCGAUGAGGUCGCCAGGCAAGACCGAGAUCUCGCUGGCGAACUACGACCAGCACCUGCAGGUGGCGCGCAUGCUCUCUCCGGGCGAAGUGGCAGCCGAGCAGAAGAAGCUUCUGCAGCAUCAGAAGUCGCUCGACUUUAUCAACCACGCCAUCCGCAGCGCGGCUGCACGACGUGGAGUCGAUGUCACGCCGACCACGAGCUCGUCUACCCGUACUCCCAGCCCUGCGGGACUGGGCAUCGGUGUGCUCGACAGCAGUUCCGCCUCGAGCGCGCGUAGCGGCGACAGUCCCUGUGGAAACAGCAGCACCGACGGCGUCUCUGGUGCCGACGAGGACUACGACGAAGACAAUACCAAGACGCCGAUGGCCUCUGUCAACCGAUCCGGAUCCACCCAGCCCAUCUAUCCGCCGGGCUGCGAGCCGUACGAGCCGCACCACCAUCGUGCUCACCAGGCGCAGUACGGGGCGGCCUAUUCGCAGCUUCCUGUCACGCUGCAUCUUCCUGGCGGCAUGCAUCACAUGCAGCAGAUGCAGAUGCAGAUGUACCAGAUGGCGCCACCUCCGCACGCCGGUGGCAUGCUGCCCGUGCUGCGCAUCAACAACGCCAAUGCCGUCUCGCUCGACGAGAUUGGCGACGACUACGAUGACGACGACCACGACGCACGUGCGGACCCGGACCAGACCCUGGGGCUCAACGAUGAGUCGAUGGCCGAAAUGAACAUGGUCAUUGGCUCGGCCCGGCUGGACGACGAAGACUAUGCGCAGUUUGACGACAGCAUGCACGUCGCCGAGGCGGAGCACGACGAGAGGCAAGACAUGCUCUUUGAGCGGGUGUCGCGCGCCGCAGACGCCGGCGGCAACGAGGGCUGGUCGCUGCGCCGUCGCGAUUCGGCCGGUGACGAGCCCGAGACGCACGAUGCGGAUGAGGCGGACGACGUCGCCGAGGUCUCCUCGAUCAUGCAAGCCGUCAGUCUGGAGCCUGCGGCUCCUCCGAGCUCCGAGGUUUCCGUGCCCGGAAGCAUGGCCCCUCCUGAGGCCGCUGCGGUGACGACCUCGGUGUACAAUGCGUCGCAAGCUGCGGCGAGGAGGGCUGUGGCAAGCCCGCCUGUCCCAGUACGAGGACAGUCGCGCGCAUCAAUGACGAUCUCCCCGCGCACCAAUGCGUAUGCAGUGUCGAAUGUGACCCGGCCGCUCAAGAUCAGCAAGGAGAGCAGCGCGACCAGCUCGCUCCUGCCUCAGCAGACGAUCCAUGCCAAGGCAUCGUCGGAGCAGCUGGCCGAGAGGUUGGCCGGUGAAGUUGCUGUGUCGUCUCGCGACUCGCAGACGUUGAGCGCUGCCAACCUCAAGCGGCACUCGGACAAUCUGUCGUAUCGACAGCAGCAACAGCAGCCGACCCGGCACCGGGCCACGCACUCCGUCACGGGCCUCAAGCCGCUCAUUCUCAAGCCCAAGGCCACCAGUGACGGCCGCAGGGAUCGCACUUCCUCGGCGGGUUCUCGAACGCCCGAUGUUGCCUCGCCGAGGGAAGGUGCAUUCGUAUCCGACACGGGUGUCGCCGAGAAUGUGCGCACGCCAGACAGUCUCUCGAGCGAGGUUUCUCAGAUCGCUCCGGCUCCAGCAACGGCUGCAAAGGUGGUUGAAACCAAGCCGUCCCUGGCGCACAAGGCCUCGGAUGCAUCCAUCGCCUCGACGUCGGAUCCCGCUGCGCACUCGGGCGGCUUGCCGCGUUCAUCGACGCUUCAGUCGAUGCCCGUGCAGACGGAAGGUAGGAUGUCGGUGCAGCGAUCGGACAGCAUGUCGUCGGUCGUUGACGAUGCCGGCACUGAUCGAGCGCUGUCUCGCUCGCACUCGACGCACAACCUGCGCGGAGCAGCGGUGCUUGUGCCCUCGGUGCGCAACAAGAUCGCCAUGCUCGAGAGCCGGAGCGCGGCGCUGCGCGAAUUCACAGGUGCUGCCGCCGAAGCGUCGCCCGCCAGUUCGCCGCUGAAAAAGUCGACGUCGACAUCCAAUUUUGGUCUGAGCAGCUCGACGUCGACGGGUCGCGUGGCACAGCUGGCUGCGUCCGCCGAGAGGGCCGGUAGCCUUACGCCUUCCGCUUCAUCGCCAUUCAGGCUCGGAAGAAAGGGCAGCUUCGUCUCGGUCGCUGAUUCGGAGGACGGCGCGGGCUCCAUGGUCUCGUCGGUAGCGCCCGUGCCAGAGUACAUGAAGACAGCCGCCAGCUCAGUGCCAAGCUUCAACGCUCCUGUCCUGCGCAACCUUCGCUAG